UUAAUUGCAAUCUCAUAUGUAUACGGUCAAAAUAUAGAUUCGUUUCAAGAAACACAUCUAAGGUUACAUACCAAAACCAGAACAAGGGGUUUGUUCUGUUCAUAAACAUAUGCAAUCCAACUAAAAUAGUACCAGCAGCCAGCACAUUCAAACAAGAAAACCCAGCAGUCACACCUCAAAGAAAAAGUAAAUGUCUAUUCUAAUUUUCUGAGAAGGCUAGUCCGACAUUUUCAAACUUCCUAGUAAUAUCUCUUAUUGACUCCUUCCAAGGUUCCCACUUCCCCAUUAGCUUCCUAUGCGAAAAGUACCACCAAUAAAAUGCUCGACUGGCUGGCUCUGCCUCUCCCAGGAGUUCUGAUUUGCAAUAGUCCAAAGAUAACUCAUCCACUGCUUUGCUUCCAUUAUCUCGGUUCCAUAGUUCGCUACAGCAAUGGAUCCCCUUCCCAUACACAUAAUCAUCUGCCUUGUUUGUUGGUCAUUUUGCUUAUUGCCAUUUUAUGCAUCAUCCAGCAGCCGCCUUCUUCCCGACAAGCCGCUUUCCGCUGGUAGCACCAUCACCUCCGACGACGGCACUUUUUCCCUGGGAUUCUUCUCUCUGUCCAGCUCCAGCACAAAAUAUUACUACAUCGGCAUAUGGUACAGGAACAUACCCGAAGAUAACAUUGUGUGGGUUGCCAACCGUGCUAUGCCCAUAACUGAUCCUUCUUCUGCAACACUUGCCUUCACAAGCGGAUUCGAUCUCGCCUUGUCAGACACCAGUGGCCAGCUUCUCUGGACGACAAACAUCAGCGCUGCAAGGAAUUCAUCGUCAGAGGCAACUGGUGGAGAAGCCACUCUUGAUAGCAAUGGGAAUUUUAUUCUUCGGUCAUCACAUGGAACUAUCUUAUGGCAAAGCUUCGAUUACCCGACCGACACUCUCCUUCCAGGUAUGAACCUCAGGAUCACCCACAAUACGCAUGCACUACAACGGCUCAUCUCUUGGACAAACCCCCAAGACCCAUCCCCGGGCAACUUCUCAUAUGGUGCAGACCCUGAUGAGUUUCGGCAGCGUAUUACAUGGAAUGGCUCAACACUAUACCGGCGAAGUCUGGUAUGGAAUAAUAAUUUGGUAGUUGGGAAGUAUGUUGAGAGUAUCAAGUCCACAAUUUACUAUACACAGCAAAUUAUUGGUGAUGAGGUCUACGCUUCCUUUGGACUACCAAUACCUAGUGUCUCAGUAGUGCUAAUGAAGAUUGACUACUCAGGCAAGAUGAAGACACAAAUCUGGAAUAGCAACAACUCCAAAUGGACUGACCUGUAUUCAGGACCUAACCAGGAAUGCAACAAAUUUGGUUACUGUGGUCCAUUUGGUUACUGUGACAACACGCAGCCUAUUGUGACAUGCAAGUGUUUUGAUGGCUUUGAGCCAAACAACAAACAAGACUGGAUGGCCCGCAGGUUUUCACAGGGAUGCCACCGUAUGGAAGCACUAAGAUGUGGUCAAGGGGAUGGCUUCUUAAAUAUGUCAACUAUGAAGAUUCCCGACCAGUUCUUGUAUGUCAAGAAUAGAAGCUUAGAUGAAUGCGUAGCAGAAUGCACCAGCAACUGCUCGUGCACGGCGUAUGCUUACACCACUAUGAGAACUAAUGCUAUCGAUGAGGAUGAUACUAGGUGCCUGUUAUGGAUCGGAGAUUUGAUUGACACGGAGAAAUUCAUUGGACAAGGGGAAAACCUCUAUAUCCGAUUUAAUGGAUUGAGUGGCAAACAAAGAAACAAGAAAAUUUGGAACAAGCUGAUGUCAGGAACUUCAAGCACUUCUAUUGAACUUCAUGAUGGAAACUUAAAGUAUCCUUUUAUUAACUUCAAAGAAAUUGUACUUGCAACAAACAAUUUCUCUAACUCCAACAUGCUUGGACAUGGAGGUUUUGGCAAUGUUUACAAGGCGACAUUAGAAGAUGGUACAGAACUUGCUGUGAAAAGGCUUAGUAAGGGUUCUGGACAGGGCGCACUGGAGUUCAGAAAUGAAGUAGUACUCAUUGCGAAGUUGCAGCACAAAAACUUGGUUAGACUUCUCGGUUUCUGCAUCCACGGAGAUGAGAAACUAUUGAUAUAUGAAUACUUACCUAACAAAAGUCUGGACGCAAUGCUCUUUGAUGCCAUAAGAAAAUCAAUGCUUGAUUGGCCAAUAAGAUUCGAGAUAACCAAAGGGGUAGCCAGAGGACUUCUUUAUCUUCAUCAAGAUUCAAGACUGAAGAUAAUUCACAGGGAUCUCAAAGCAAGCAACAUAUUAUUAGAUGCCGAAAUGAGCCCUAAGAUAUCUGAUUUUGGUAUGGCAAGGAUAUUUGGCGGAAAUCAGCAGCAAGAAAAUACCAACCGCGUUGUUGGCACAUACGGUUACAUGCCGCCGGAAUAUGUUUUGAAAGGAGUGUUUUCUGUCAAGUCUGAUGUAUAUAGCUUUGGAGUUUUACUACUGGAGAUUGUGAGUGGCUCAAAGAUCAGUUCUGUGCACCUAAAAGCAGACUUCCCCAGCAUUAUAGCCUAUGCAUGGAGCUUAUGGAAGGACGGGAACACAAAGGAUUUUGUUGACUCAUCAAUUGUUGACAGCUGUUCACUUAAUGAAAUUAUACGGUGCGUGCAUAUCGGUCUCCUGUGUGUUCAAGGAAGCCCAAAUGCACGGCCACUCGCGUCGUCAAUCAUGUCCUUUCUGGAGAAUGGAGACAUAUCACUUCCAUCUCCAAAAGAGCCGGUGUAUUUUGCGGAAGAUAACUAUGGUACUGAUGGAGCAGAAGAAAAUACUAUGAGUUCUAAAAAUAACAUGAGCAUUACAGCACUAGAGGGACGCUAG